AUGGAGUUCCAUUUUGGACCCGAGAACUCAAAAGGUUCAGAGCACCUGUUAGAUGGAGUACAAUAUGCGCUUGAGUUACAAAUCAUAGCGUUCAAUUGUAAACUAUACAAAACAUACCAGGCCGCAUCCAAAGCCCCGUUCGGUUUGGUCAUCCUCGGGCUGUGGGGACAGGAGACUUCGGACGUGAAAACGGAAGAAACAUUGUUCGGUUUUAUGGGUNUCACGGUGAACAGUGUGGUCUUUAUUCGGGAAUUCGAUCUCACUCCACUGAUAAACCUGGUGAAUUUCAGCAAAUUCUAUCGAUACACCGGUUCCAUGACUGCGCCACCCUGUACGGAGAACGUGAUUUGGACCAUCUUCGAGAAGCCCUUCCCCAUUCUAUCCAGUCAACUACAAUUACUACGAUCCCAACCGUUUCCGGAAACCGAAACCGCCAAAAUCAUGGGAAACAAUUUUCGUCCGACCCAGCCGUUAUUCUCUCCGAACAGCUCUGCACUACCCCGAGUGGUCUAUCAAUCACCGGAUCGAGCGGGAACCGGAUCAUUUCGUUCUCUGGGGAUCGGUUUUGUCACGCUUGUUCUAGUCCUGCAAGAACUGCUCAGCUCAGCCAAUAGAUAG